ACCACCGCUGAGAAAUUAUCCCAGAGUUAACACUGUGGUGUUACGGUUUUUUUUGAAAAAAAUUUUACUGGUAUUAUUAUUCGGUUAAAAACAUAUUCGUGUGGUCGCAAUAUAGCUUGACUUUCGAGUGCAUGCGUGUUAUCUUCGGUGUAGGGUUUACCUACAAGGCUGAACACAAUACCGUUUACGACGUUGUUGUUCGAUAAGCUAUCCAAACACGAGAUUAGUAUAAAACGGCCGGGGUUGAAGAGCCGGCGGUUCAGUUCGAUAUUUUUAUUAUUAAACCAUGUUCGGGCACGCUGGAGCAGUGCGGCGGUUGCUGUUCAUCGUGGGCGCCACGGUCUUUGCGACGUUCCAGGUAAACGUGGUGCACGGCCAGAGGGAGGCCGGCUACAGUUGGCAGUUCAACGGGUACGGUCAGAAUGCAGCACCCUGUAAUGGCGGUGACGAAAUGGACGUGUUCCGGUUGCCGGACACAGUGGUUCCGGAGAGGUACGCGAUUCACAUCCGGCCGAACUUUGAGGAGUUCACGUUCGCCGGUCAGGUGGUUAUCGCCGUCAAAGUAGUAGAGCUCACCCAACAGGUGGUACUCAACUUGAAAGACUUGAAUGUCACCGAGGUGACGGCGAAAGACCUGAAGACGGGCAGAGCAAUAGUGGACUUGAAAUACCGCACGAUCGAAAAAAACGAGCAAUUCGUCAUCGAGGCCGGCAAACCGUUCUUGGCCAACAGAAACUAUAACCUGACCAUCGUUUACAAUGCCAAACUCAGAAAUGACAUGUCCGGAUUCUACAGGAGUUCGUAUAAACAAGGAAACGACACCAAAUGGCUAGCUGUUACGCAAUUCGAACCUACUUAUGCUAGGAGAGCGUUUCCUUGUUUCGACGAACCAGCACUCAAAGCAAUGUUUACUGUGGCCGUUAGGAGACAAAAAGACCAAAUUGCAUUGUCCAACUUGCCAUUAAGCAGUACCCAAGACGAUGUCAAUGACAAAAACUUUGUAUGGGAUCAUUUCCAAGAAUCUCCGGCGAUGUCUACUUAUUUAGUAGCUUUCUUUGUGGGCGAAUUUCAAAAGGCUGUAACCACACGAUCCAUAGCAGUGUACACACAUGCAGACUACAUAACCCAAACCGACUAUAUCGUAGGAAAAGCAGCAAACUUAUUAAAUGCCAUGGAAGAUUACAUAUACGUACCAUAUUCGCUACCGAAAAUGGACUUAUUGGCCAUACCGGAUUUCAAAGCCGGCGCUAUGGAAAAUUGGGGAAUGAACACUUACAGGGAAAGGCUUUUGUUGUCAACAAAUAAUACAAAAUCAAAGAGUCGAGAAGCCAUCGUGACCGUUGUACAACACGAGUUGUCUCAUCAGUGGUUCGGUGAUCUUGUGACUUGUGCUUGGUGGAGUGACACGUGGUUGAACGAAGGGUUUGCGACAUUUUUCGAAUAUUUCGCUGCAGAAAAGGUCGAACCCGAAUGGCGUUUGGAGGACACGUUUAUCUACGAAGUUCAUCAGUGGGCUCUCGAAGUCGACCAAAAGCCUACACAUCCGAUUUCCUCGCCCGUGAAGACUUUAGACGAGAUUAAAGAAAUGUUCGAUUCAAUUUCCUACAGCAAAGCCGGCGCUGUUCUCAGAAUGAUUAAAUAUAUUGUAACAGAAGACAUUUUUAGAGCGUCUCUGCAUAACUACUUACAGGACAGACGCUUUAAAGCGGCUACCCCGAAAGAUUUGUGGAACGCUUUUUCGGAGGUAUUAAGUGAUAACGAUAUCGAUUUGGGAGUGGACUUCUAUGGUUUUGCCACUUCGUGGACCGAACAGUCAGGGUAUCCUUUGAUUAGUGUCGAAAAGAGUGAAAAUACGUUCGUCGUAUCACAAGAACGAUUUUUAAUAACGCCGCCAAACGAGACGGACACCACUCUAUGGUCGGUUGGUUUGACUUACACCACAGAAGCAAAACAAGACUUCACAAACACCACUACAAAAGUAUGGCUGACUACGAAUAAGACGACGUUUGACGCGGGAAACGAAGAAGGAUGGUAUCUGUUCAAUUUAAAGUCGACCGGAUUUUACAGAGUCAACUAUGACGUUGGCAAUUGGAAUGCGUUAACGAAACAGUUAAAAAACAAACCAGUUGCGAUAAACGUAUUCAAUCGAGCUCAAUUGUUAGAUGAUUCCUUCAAUUUAGCAAGAGCCGACAUACUUUCCUACACGGUUCCGUUAGAACUGACGACUUAUUUGGACAAAGAAGAGGAUAUGUUACCGUGGUAUUCGGCCAAGGACGGAUUGGCUUUCUUACUUUAUCGAAUGAGGAGAGACCCUGACAGCUAUAGCCAACUAGAAGCAUAUGCCAGUAAUUUGGCUGGAACCGUGUACAAGAGAGUGGAAAGUCUUAUUGUAAAAGAUAAAACAACGGAGCACAUCAUCAAAACCAGUUGGAAUGCAUUUUCGAAUUGGGCUUGCCGACUGGAAAAUCAAGAUUGUACGGCGUCCGCUUUGAAUUAUUUCAAUAAAUGGCAAAACGAACAAGAAAUACCAGCCGAUAUUAGAGAUGCGGCUCUCUGUGUCGGCGUUAAGAACGGCAAUUCGACUACUUGGAAUAGUGUUCUCGAGGUGUAUAAAACGUCAGACGAUCCAUCGGACAGACAAUCCGCACUGUUGGCUUUGGGGUGCUCAAAGGAAACCGAGCAACUAUCAAUAUAUUUGGACUUUAUGUUUCAAGGAGAAAACGGCCCGAUUCGUCAACAAGAUUUCAGAGUAAUCUAUCAAUCGAUCGCGUUCACGCCACAAGGACUUUCGGUUCUGAUCGACUUCCUGACCAACAAAACGGAAAAGAUACUUAACGAAGUGGUCCAUGGAGACUUACACGCGAUGGCCAUUUAUCAUUUAUUGGCUUCCAGAGUGGCGCUCGACAACGAAAUUGCAAAGAUGGACGGUUUGAGAAACGCUUCGAAUGUCCCAUUGAAAAUCCGCGAACGGUUCGAUAAGGCGUUCAAACAAGUGGAAGACAAUUUGAUUUGGUUUGAAACAAAUCAGAACGACGUGAGCACUUGGGCUCGUAAGUACUCAGAGUCACUAACAACCCAACCACCGGAACCUAAGAAACCCGAUGACCCCGAACAUCCUGAGAAAUCGGCGACUACUAUUAAACCUCCAAAAGGCGAGCCGUCAAGUGCUCUGGCUAAUUCUCAAGUUUGUACUAUUGUGCUGUACAUUAUCACGUUCACUUGGGUGGCUAAAACUUUCUAUUUAAAAUUCAAACGCUCAGGUAGUUGUCAUACGGUUGAAAACUCUGCCAGAACAAUGACGGCAACAAUUAUUACAGUAAUUUUGUUAAUAUUUUGCAAUUCGGUUUUCGGAAUCGACGAACCGGUUAAAAAUGGCGAUGCCAAAAUGGACGUUUUCAAAUUGCCCAACGACAUCAUGCCAGAGUCGUACGACUUAACCAUCGACCCGAAUUUCGAAGGGCCACACGAAAACUUCACGUUCCAAGGUGAUGUCACCAUUGUCGUUGCCAUUAAGGCACAGAGUACAAGAGUCAUCACUUUGAAUUCGAAAGAUCUUAGCAUCGUCAACGUCUCGGUCAGCGAUGUACAAUCAAGACGGCUCAUAUCUGUGGUCGAUAUAGUGGAGAUGACCAAAAACGAACAACUCGAAAUCCACGUCAAGGAAGAUUUGGUGAGCGGUCAAAAGUACUAUUUGAAAAUUUCUUUUGCCGGAAAACUCCGGAACGACAUGACGGGAUUCUACAAGAGCUCUUACACCGAAAACAAUGCUACUAAAUGGUUGGCCGUUACGCAAUUUGAACCGACUUAUGCUAGGCGUGCGUUCCCGUGCUACGACGAACCCUCUAUAAAAGUUCCAUUCGAUAUAAAGGUAAUCAGGAGAUACGAUCAAAUCGCAUUGUCUAACAUGCCGCUGAACCAAACCGAUACUGGACGAUGUGCCGGAAGUAUAUGCAAACCGGGCGAUAAAGUGGUCGACCGUUUUUAUACGACCCCUCCAGUGUCCACCUACUUAGUAUCGUUUUACGUGGGAGAAUUCCAAAAGUUCGGCAAGGCACCUAGCACAAUACAACUGUAUGCUCGCAAAGAAUACAUCAAUCAGACCAAGUACAUAUGGACCGAGGCGCCAAAACUUUUGUCAAACUUGGAGAGUUACACAAAUAUCAGUUUAAUGCUGCCUAAAAUUGAUCUUUUGGCUAUACCGGACUUUGCCGCCGGAGCGAUGGAAAAUUGGGGUAUGAAUACUUAUAGGGAGAUAUGUCUUUUGUUUAAAGACGUAUAUGCCAAGACAAAAUUAAGAAUGCGUGGUGCUAUGGUGGUUCAACACGAGCUAACUCAUACUUGGUUUGGUGAUUUGGUAACGUGCUCCUGGUGGGACUACCUUUGGCUGAACGAAGGAUUUGCUCGAUAUUUCCAGUACUUUGCUUCUAGUAUGAGCUACCCCGAUUGGUAUUUGGGAGACUUGUUUGUCGUAGAACAGCACCAGACAGCUUUGUCGUAUGACCAAGAAGACAGACAUGCAAUUACAGCGAAAGUGAAAAGUCCUCAAGAAAUCCAAGGUAUAUUCGAUAUCAUUUCGUACAACAAAGCGGCGUCCGUUUUAAGAAUGUUAAAUUAUGUUUUGACGGAAAACAUAUUUAAAAAAUCGCUUCAAUUAUACUUAAAAGACAACGCAUAUAAUGCUACAGUUCCCGCACAAUUAUUCAAUUCUAUGCAAGAAGUUGUAGAUAAAGAGCAUUACAGUUUAGGUGUCAACGUGACAGUAGCUAAUUUUAUGAGAUCUUGGACUGAACAACCCGGAUACCCGGUACUGAGUAUCAGAAAGGAAAACAAUACGUUUGUUAUAUUACAGGAGCGGUUUUUAAGUCAUAACGAGAGCAGCGGGCUGAAUAAAUGGUUGGUAGGACUCACUUACACUACGGAGAAUAGCAAAAACUUUAGCUCCCUCACGCCAGCUGCGUGGGCGAUGCCUACUGAGAACCAAACAGUCAUCCCGGCUCCAAAACAAUCUGGAUGGUAUGUCUUCAACAUCCAGUCAUCAGGAUUCUAUAGAGUCAACUACGACGCGGAUAACUGGCUGGCAUUGAUAAAGCAAUUGAAUGACUCGCCCAAAGCUAUACAUGUGCUGAACCGGGCUCAGCUGAUCGACGAUUCGUUUAAUUUAGCUAUCGCGGGAAAAUUGAACUUUUCGGUGCCUCUGACCCUGUCCACGUACUUGGAAAAAGAAGACGACAUCAUACCGUGGUAUUCGGCCAAAAACGGUUUUACAUAUUUGCUGGAGAAAAUGCGACGGAAUGAACAAGAAUUUGCAGAUUUAAAAGCGUACGUAAGCAGACUGUCUGGUGUAAUUUACGAACAAUUAGAAUAUCGAGCAACAGAGAGUAACUACUUGGUCAGAAGCAGUUGGGAUGCGUUUUCACUAUGGGCGUGUCAGUUGGAGAAUGAACACUGCACAAAAACGGCGUUGAAUUAUUACAACCGAUGGAAAAACGGAGAAAAAAUACCCGCAGAUAUCAAAGACGCCGCGUUCUGUGUUGGAAUAAGAAAUAAUCCUUCAGCUGAUUGGGACAAACUUUUCAAACUGUACACGACCACCACUUCGACUUCAAAAAAACUUUCUAUUCAAACGGCAUUAGCGUGCUCGAAAAACAAAACCAAAUUAUCUGAAUAUAUUCAACAUGUCCUAGACGGACCUCUGGGACCGAUUAGGAGCCAAGACUACACAAGUGUCAUUUCGGCUAUAUCGUCAACGCCGUUGGGUAUUGAAGUACUAACCGAUUUUCUAUCAAAUAAUCUAACUCGCGUCCUCAGUGAACUAUUCAAUGGAGAUGAACUGGCCACGUUUAUAUAUUCUACUUUGGCUAAACAUGCCGUACUUGAUAAAGAAAUAGAUAAACUUCAGUCUUUGAAAAAUAAAACUUCUUUGCCGGCCAAUAUAAAACAAUCGUUUGAUAAAUCUUUUGCCACAACGGAAAACAACGUCAAAUGGUUUAACACUCACUCGACUAGUGUAUCCCAAUGGACAACCGCACAUAAAAAGCCUUCAUCUCCUGGAGAUACUGAAGAUAAGAAGGAAGAGAAGUCGAGUGCUCCGUCAAAUGCGAGUGCAUCUACUUUUGUGUUACUUGUUACUGUGUUUGUCAUUUUUUUAAAACAUUUGUAAAGUUUUAAUGCGAAUGGCGAUAGUGAGCAAAAUUAAACUAUAUUAUAUUUUUUCUUUUCUAUUUGUAAACUAGAAUUAUGUAUUUUUGUUUUAAUAAUAGAUAAUAUUUUCUAAAAAAGCUAAUUAUUAUUUACAACAAAACACACAAAAUUCAACAGUAUCCUACUGUUACUAUAAAUUACAUGACCAAAAAAAAAAGGAUUUAUUUGUUAUUUGU